UUUGGGUUUAUUCACCGUUUACCGUCGCUCGUUGUGGAAAAAAAAAACGAAAAAAGAAGUCAUUGAGAAAUGAGCAGACCCAGACCGGUGUGUGACACCAUAAAUGCACGAGAUUCGCCCACCAAUUCAAGCCUUUUAUGGCGAUUCGGGUCGAAUCACGAUCAAGAAUUGAAAGAACAACUUGAGAGUCAGUGACUCAGUAAUCAUGGUGCGUGUGAUUAAACAGGAGACUUACGACGAAGUGGUGAAGGAGAAUAUUGAGGAUUUAGCUAUGACACCACAAGAGGCUAUUGAAGAUGCUGUGAAGCAGUUCGAAGCUCAGGGAAUUGACUUGACCAAUAUUAUCAAAGACCUGGUGAUCACUGGUGAAAAUUCUAAUGUGAUAAAGAACUGCUUGAAGAAAAUAUCCACUUCGUUGAAGGAUGAAAAAUGUGAUGAUAUUACUGAGGUACUCGAAAAACUUAAGACUGAAUUAGAUAGAGAUAUUGCCAGAAGGAUGUACGCUGCCAAGGAGAUGGCGUAUGAUAUUCUGCUCGAUCUCAUAGAACGAAUGAAGAAUGGAGAUGAUUUGAAUAUUCUCAGAACAGCUAUCAAGACCAUGACCUCGCUGAUGACUGGACAUCCUGAUCUGUUGGAUGAUCGUGGCGUCAAAUUACAAAUUGAACUUCUUGAUUCACAAUCAGAUGUACCAACGAUACAAACUGUCCUCCGCUGGAUAAAGCAAUGCUGCAUUAAACACGAGAUGAACAGACAAGCGAUAUUCAACGGUGGAAUUCUCGAGAGAAUGAAUAAAAUUCUACAAAAGGAGGAUAAAAGUGACAUUGAGCUGAGAGAUGCUUGUGGAGUGCUGAGAAGUUUGACUCUCGAUGAUGACAUAAGACAUGAAUAUGGAAAAGCUCAUGAGCACGCGUCUCAAAUGGCCAGAGCAUUGCUCACUGUACUCACGGAAUUAUUAAAAAUAUUCAAAGAGGACGAAGCAGUGGUUGGGGAUCUCAUGCUGACGAUGGCAUCCCUCAUCGUUAGGAAUGAAUUUUGUCAAGACGUUGAAGAUGCAGGUGGUUUGACAUACAUCCUCGAUGUAAUGAUCAAUUACCCUGACACAGAGAAAUUGAACUGGCAGGCCCUGAAGCUACUCAAGGCCCUCGCAGGCAAUGACAAUGUGAAAGUUCAUAUUGUCACAAAUGGUAGUGCUCCUUUGAUUGUCUCCAGCAUUGGUAGAUUCAAGAGUUCAGAAAGUGUUGCUUCAGCGGCAUUAUCCUGUAUUUCUGCUCUGACGCUUCGGAGUUCCUCAAAUGCUGGAGUAUUCUACGACUGCGGUGCUCCAUCAAUAAUUAUUGACGCUAUGAAAGAGUUUCCAAAGAGUUUGAGUGUACUACGACAAGGAUCCUGGGCAAUAAGAAAUAUGUCGGUGAGAAAUAAAGCUGAGUCGCGUGAAUUUGUCGCCUACGGAGUUGAUGCAGUUCUUCGAAAUGCAAUAAAAAAUCAUCCAGUUCUAGCCGAAGAUGCUCGAGCUGCGCUAAGAGACCUUGGACUUAAAGUUGAUUUGAAAGAACAAUGGACUGGUAAAGGAGGUGCACUAACCCAUGAAUCAUUCUGAGAGCAUGUCAAAAUUAUUUUUCAACCAACGAGAAUAAUUAAGGCCCUCAUUUCUUUCAUAAAAAUUAUAAGU